AUGCGCGUUACAAACAGUGCCUGGGCCUCUGCCCUUCUGGCAUUGGCCACUCCUGUCUUCGCUUGUGAGAGCUGCGAGCAUCCUGAGCAAGAUGUUGUUAUGACAAGACAUGUUCGUCGUAUGCAGCCCGACGCUCAGAACGCUACUGUCGCUCCUCGAGGACCACUAGCCUGGGGUCAGCUUAACGUACUUCACACGACAGAUACACACGGCUGGCUUGAAGGACAUAUCAGAGAGCAGAAUUACGGCGCUGAUUGGGGAGAUUAUGUCUCUUUCGUCAAGCAAAUGAGACAGAAGGCACGAGACCUAGAUGUUGACCUUCUGGUGGUCGACACCGGUGAUCUUCACGAUGGUGCAGGUCUUAGUGAUGCUACCGGAGUCGCCAGUUACGACGGUGUUAACGGUGAACUGUCUAAUCCCAUCUUCGAGCAGUUGGACUACGACUUGUUGACUAUUGGAAACCACGAGCUCUAUGUCUCUGAGAUUGCCUACGAAACAUUCAACCAGUUUGCAAAGUCCUAUGGCGAGAGAUACUUGACCAGCAAUGUUCAAAUCAGAAACCCAAGCACUGGCGAGCUCGAGUACAUUGGCAAGAAGUACAGAUACUUCACCACCAAGAAAGUAGGCCUCAGAAUCAUGGCAUUCGGUGUGCUGUUUGACUUUACUGGUAACUCGAAUGCCUCGGUUAUCACCAAGGCUGCCGACAUGGUCAAGGAAUCUUGGUUCUUGAACGCCGUCAAUCACAAGAACGUCGAUGCUUUCUUGGUGAUCGGCCAUAACCCUGUCAGCCGCAAGAGUAGUAGCAACACCCUGCAGACCGUUUACGAGGCCAUUCGUGCUAUCAAACCCGAAACUCCUAUUCAAAUGUUCGGUGGCCACACUCACAUCCGCGACUUUGCAAUCUAUGAUGAUAGGUCUGUUGGCAUGGAAAGCGGAAGAUACUGCGAGACUUUGGGCUUUUUGUCUAUGAGCGGUAUCGAAUCAAGCCACUACCGUGGUAAGGUCAACCCCAAGGGUGUGCCAAACCCGACUAUGAAAGCCAAGAAGGUGAGCACUGCUUCAGCUUCUGCAAGCAUUGCGUCUUCUACAGGCUCUUCCAACAUGACAUUCUUCCGCCGCUAUCUCGACUGGAACCGCAUGACAUUCGAGUACCACGCCGAAGGCAGUCAGACCAAGGCUUUCGACACCACCAAGGGUCUUGCUGUGACGGAAAAUAUCACAGCCACUCGCAAGGAGUUGAACCUGACUAGUAUUUACGGCUGUGCACCUCAGACUUGGUGCCUUAGCUGCGCACCAUUCAUGUCUGAAGGCUCAAUCUACUCUCUGCUCGCCACAGCUCUUUCCGCUACCAUCAUCACAGAGGAGCGUGCCAGCAAGCCUCGUCUCAUUAUUACCAACAGUGGCCACAUCAGAUUUGAUCUUGCCGAGGGAGCAUUCGACUACGACUCCAGCUUCAUCGUUUCGCCGUUCACGGAUGCUUUCAACUACCUUCCCGACGUGCCUUACCACCUCGCUAGUCAAGUGCUCGCAGCUCUCGAAAGUGGAGACUACCCAUCCAAACGAGACCUUUCCACAGAAUCAUUCGGUUUCACCCAAAUGAACCCCUCGCUCGAUAGCUGCAUCGACCCUCCUGUGACCCGCGACAAUCUCAUCACCAAGCGUUCUUACCCGGGCGGCCGCAUCAUCAGACGUCAAACCACCACCACACCCGGCUAUGUCACCACCGACGACUUCGGCAGCGACGGCGAUGACACCGUUCACUCCAAGAUCCCCUACUACUCGGUCCCUAACUUUUUCCAAGCUAAUGGCAGUCUUCCUGCCAAUGGCACUUUGGCCGCUGAUGCCACGGUCGACCUGAUCUUUUUGGAUUAUGUCGCUGGUAGUGUUGUGAAGGCCCUUAACGGAUUGGGUGGAGAUUACACUGAUGAGGAAGUUACCUAUUAUUUGCCCAAGAACUUCACUACCAACUCGUACUUGCCCGCAUACGCAAAGAUGGCUCCCGAAUGGCAGGCUAAUGUCCCCAACUGCCCUGUCGGCUUGGGCAUUGGUUACAACAUCACCUCGUAGUUCAUCAGAUUCGAGGAUGUAGACAG